AUGAAGCUCAAAGUUCAGCUUCUUCCAUUAAGGUCCAAGUUCGUAGCUUCUCAACCUUCCUCAUUCGUAGUUUCUUCCUCAUUCAUCAUUGUUAUGGAGGAUUUGCCUUCUGAAAAUCAGCAAAUAAGUGUUUCUGUGAAACAGAGCGAAGGAAAUGAAUAUGUGUCAACUCAAGGAAGUCAGGUUUGCGCGGAUUUUGUGUUAGAUUACACCACUCAAUUCACAACUGAACAGGUAUUCAAAAGUAAGGAUGAAUUGCUCAACUGGGUACGCGAUGUUGGAAAGAGAAAUGGCUUGGUCAUUGUAAUCAAAACAUCAGACUAUGGUGGAGGGAAAAAAAGACCCAGGAUGUAUCUUGCUUGUGAGCGGAGUGGCCAAUAUAGAGCAACAAAGAAGUUAAAACAUGAUGGCAACAAUACAUUAAGAAUAACCGGUAUGAAGAAGUGUGGUUGUCCUUUUGAUAUGAGGGCUCACAGGUUUACCACACAUGAUGAAUGGACAUUGACCGUAGUAUGCGGAUUGCAUAAUCAUCCACCUGCGGAGCACCUUGAGGGACAUUCAUAUGCGGGGAGGCUAUCAAAGGAUGAGAAAGCAUUGUUAAUGGAUAUGUCAAAGAGCAUGGUUUGGCCAAAAGAAAUCUUAGUAGCCUUGAAAUAG